AUACGGAGGAAGGUUAAUUUAAUUGGUACUCCAAACAUACGCUUUCUCAUCUUUAACAAUUUGGCAAUGUUCUUCAACUCAGUUAUUUGAAUUUCUAAAGCACCUUGGAGCUCAACUAUGAUCCUUUGAGGACAGUGACGUGUAAUUACACGAGUUGUCAUGUAGAUGGCAGCUACUCGUCUAAUGAGUUAGUUGUACAGAAGUGUAGCAAAGAAAAAUGUAAGGUCAGUCACACUUGAACCAUUUGUACGUGUUACUUGUCUGUGCUCUAAGCACUUGAACCAUUUGUACCUGUUACUUGACUGUAUAAGAACUUGACUCUCUUUGCGCCAGACGCACCUUUUUAAACUAACAGGACAAGGAUGGCGGCCUCCGGAAAGCUGCUGGAACUUUUCUAUGAUGUGGUAUCUCCCUAUUCCUGGCUGGCAUUUGAGGUACUUUGUCGCUAUCGAAAUGUUUGGAAUGUGGACCUCCGUCUGCGACCUGGCUUCCUAGGAGGACUCAUGAAUUUAUCUGGAAACCGUCCGCCUGCAAUGGUCCCUCUGAAAGGACUCUACAUGGUAAAGGAUAUAGACAGAUUGGCACAGUACUGCAAUGUGCCUCUUCGGCAGCCUUCUGACUUUUUUGGGUCCGUCAUAGAAAAAGGUAGCCUGCAAGCAAUGCGUUUUGUCACAGCAGUUGAAAUGAAACACCCUGAGUUUGUUGAAUCCGUUUCCAGAGAGCUGUGGAUGAGGAUCUGGUCUCGGGAUGAAGAUAUCACUCAGCCUGAAAGUUUGCUUGCGGCAGCAUCUAAAGCUGGAGUUCAGCCCCAACAUGCAAAAGAAUUGUUGGGCAUGAUCUCAAACCCAGAUGUGAAAAACAGACUAAAGCAGACCACGGAUGAAGCAGCGAAGCAUGGGGCCUUUGGGAUGCCAGUAAUUGUUGUGCAUGUGGAUGGAGUCCCACAUAUGUUCUUUGGCUCUGACCGUUUUGAACUGAUUGCGUACUUGCUGAGAGAGAAGUGGUUUGGUCCUGUUCCUUCAAGAAAUGCACCCAAACUUUAACAGGCAGAUGAAAAUUCAAAGUCACAGACAAACAUUUUAUGAACAAACGUAAAUAAAUAAAAAUAAAAUUAAAUGUUAAAAUAUU